AUGGUCACCACGCAACAAGUCAACCUUCCCGACGGGCGAAUUCUCUCGUACCACCUUUCCAGUCAAGGUGACGAGCCCCUCGUGCUGCUGGCGAACUCGCUGUCUGCGCCAUUCCGGGUCUGGGACCACGUCGCCAAGUUCCUCGCAGAGAACGGCUUCCGCACGCUUCGCUUUGACCAGCCGGGCCACGGCCAGUCGUCAGCUCCCAAGAACCUCGACACGACAUUUGAGUCAAUUGCCGAUGAUGUGUACCACCUUUUGGAGUCUCUCAAGAUUGAGAAGGUAUUCGCCUGGAUUGGAGUCUCAAUGGGCGCCGCGACCAGCUUCUACUUUGUGAACAAGUACCCCGGCAUCGUGCACAAGGUGGCCAUCUGCGACACCAUCGCCGCAUCUCCCAAGAACGCCGGUGUGGAUGAUCUGUUCGCGCCGCGGGCUCAGCAGGCGCGGGAGGCCGGCAACAUGCAGGAACAGGUUGAGGGCACGAUAGACCGGUGGUUCGGCCAGGAAUGGGUCAAGGCGAACCCCGACGAGGCGGACCGGGUGCGCGCCAUCAUGAACCAGACCAGCGUGGACGGGUUCGCGACGUGCUGUCACGCGCUGCGGAGCGACAGCUUCGACAUCCGGCCGCUGUUUGGCAAGGUGGGAGCCGGUGUCGACGAGGCGCUGCUGGUUGUUGGAGACAAGGACGCCAACCUGCCCGAGGCCAUGAAGGAGAUGCGGCAGAAGGUGGAGGAGGGAUUUAGGGCGGCGGGCAAGGACAACAAGAUUGAGCUCAAGGUGAUUAAGAACGCGGGCCACGUUCCCUUUGUGGAUGGUUACGACCAGUUCAAGGAGAUUAUUCUCGAAUACCUCAAGGCUUAG